AUGGGCAAUCUUAUCUCAAAGACAGCAGCUUGCUAUUCGAGCAAGUCUGUCACGUCCUUCAACAUGGAUGAUGACACUUUCACCCAGAUGAGCUUACCUCGCAGCCCUGGCUUCCAUGAUCUCUCUGCAUGCGAGUCUCAACAGACUUCCCGCUGCGCCAACGAAGCAAUGACCGAUGAUGAAAUCGAAUCUGGCAUCACACAUCCAACACCGGCAAGACCUCUCAUCCGCCGCUACUCGGAACUCAUUGAUCCCGCACAGCUCGACAAUCUGCAAAUCAGAAGUCCCAGCGGCAACAUGCUUACUGGCAGUCGCUACAACCUCAGGGACGACCGCCCCUUGAGCGUCCGUGAAAGGCAGGAAAGGAUUCGUCAGCAGAUCAUACAGAAGAAACAGGAGCAGGAGAUGGCUCAUUACAAUGGACGCAAGAGAGACUCGGCAAAGAUCACGGUGAAAAAGGCAUCAGCUGGAACGAAUAAGAAGCGUAAGACUCGCUUUGGAUGUUUUGGUGUCUGA